CGCCGAAUCCAAACCCGAUAACGAACCAGCUGUGGCAGUGCCGUCGUACGACGUUUACGUGGAAGCACGGUCCUCGCGAAAAUCUAUUUCCCGCUACGUUGCUUUCGUCGUCAAUGAUUUAAAUUAACGAGCCUCGAAAAACGACGAUCGUCGUGUCAGAAAAUCGUUCGAACGGUACACGGCGCGAUUCUCGCGUUCCGUCUUAUCGACUUUAAGUGUUUACCACACGGGACCACGGAACAGGUUGAAUAAGGGUGAAGGAUUUAAAAAGAAAAAAAUGAAAACAAAACAUAGGAAUAGGAACGUGCCGUGACCAAGUCUCGAAGUGAUCGUCAAUAUGUAUUGUACAGUCGAAAGGAAAUAACAGUGAUCGCACGAGUUUUGAUCAGUCGGAGAAGUAUCGUUGAUUUUCUUAUCUGCAAUCAGGUGCGUGAGCGUGUGUGUGUGUGAAAAUCGCGUGUGCCUGUGGGUGCUGGAUCGCCUCGCUUGUACCUGACCUGACCUAAGCGAGCAGCUGGACCAACGAUGACUACCAAGGAGUUGUACGUUAAGGGUGCUAAGGUAUGGGUGCCACAUCCAGACAGAAUCUGGGAGACCGCGGCGCUCUUGGAAGAUUACAAAUCGAAUCAGACGACCCUGAAGGUUCACGUGGACGAUGCGAAUCAGACGAAGGUCUUGGUGAUAAAGUCAGACGCCGACCUCCCGCCGCUGAGGAACCCGGACAUACUCAUAGGGGAGAACAAUUUGACUUCGUUAUCGUUCCUCCACGAGCCGGCCGUACUUUACAAUCUUCAGAUACGUUUUCAACGGCACAACAUUUACACGUACUGCGGCAUCGUGCUGGUGGCUUUCAAUCCGUACAACGAACUACCGAUUUACGGAACGGACACGAUAUGGGCGUACAGAGGCCAGGCGAUGGGCGAUUUGGAGCCCCACAUAUUCGCCGUCGCGGAGGAAGCUUACACGAAACUCGAAAGGGAGGGUCACGACCAAUCCAUCAUCGUUUCCGGCGAAUCCGGGGCUGGGAAAACAGUUUCCGCGAAAUACACUAUGCGAUACUUCGCUACCGUCGGCGGUUCAACGACCGAAACUCAGGUCGAGAAGAAGGUCCUCGCUUCUCUGCCCAUUAUGGAGGCCAUCGGUAACGCGAAGACAACGAGGAACGAUAAUUCGUCGAGAUUCGGGAAGUUCAUUGAAAUUCAGUUCAACAAACAUUACCACAUCACCGGAGCUAGUAUGAGAACUUAUCUACUCGAGAAGUCAAGGGUCGUGUUUCAGGCGUACGAGGAGAGGAAUUAUCACAUAUUUUAUCAGAUGUGCGCGGCCGCUAAGCGCCUUCCGCAUUUACGUUUAGACCACCAGAGGAACUUUCACUAUUUAAAUCAAGGGAACAAUCCCGUCAUAGACGGUGUGGACGAUUUAGUAUGUUUCGACGAAACCGUAAGCGCUCUCACGAUGCUUGGAUUCUCGUCGAAGCAGCAGGACGAUAUGUUUCGAAUUCUGGCUGCCAUCAUGCAUUUAGGGAAUGUAAAUAUAUAUGGUUCCGAUAACCAGACCAUGGGAAGCGACAACGAGGCCAGCUACAUUCACCCGUCGGACAAACACCUUUUAAUAAUCUGCGAGCUGCUAGGCAUCGACGUGAACGCGAUGAGGAAGUGGCUGUGUCACAGGAAGAUCGUCUCGAUGAGGGAGGUGUUCCUGAAGCCGAUGAAUGUCGAACAGGCGGUCGGCGCGCGGGACGCGCUAGCCAAACACAUUUACGCUGAACUGUUCAACUGGAUCGUUGCCGGUAUCAAUAAUUCGUUACAGUCUCAGAACAAACCGCAGUGCUUCAUCGGCGUCCUCGAUAUUUACGGUUUCGAGACCUUCGAAGUGAACUCGUUCGAACAGUUCUGUAUAAAUUAUGCGAACGAGAAGCUUCAGCAGCAGUUCAAUCAACAUGUUUUCAAGUUGGAACAAGAGGAGUACUUUAAGGAGGAGAUCGAAUGGACGUUCAUUGAUUUCUAUGACAAUCAACCGUGCAUCGAUCUCAUCGAGACCAAACUGGGUAUCCUCGAUCUGUUGGACGAGGAAUGCAGGAUGCCGAAAGGCUCGGACAGCUCUUGGGCCGAGAAACUCUAUGCGAAAUGUGGCAAAUCGAAGCACUUCGAGAAGCCACGGUUCGGCACUUCCGCUUUCCUGAUCCACCACUUCGCCGACCUGGUGCAAUACGAGACGAUAGGCUUUUUAGAAAAAAAUAGGGACACCGUUAUCGAGGAACAAGUCGACGUUCUACGAAACGGAGAUAAUAAAUUGUUGAAGAAAUUGUUCAGCGAGGAAGAUCCGAAGCUUGUAGUGCCGCCGAACGUGAGAGUGAAAGUAUCUGCUCAAAAACCAGUAUUAAGUACGCCUAAGCAAAAUAAGAAAACGGUAGGAUCGCAGUUCCGUGACUCGUUGAACAUGUUAAUGUCGACGCUGAACGCGACCACUCCGCAUUAUGUGCGCUGUAUCAAACCGAACGACACGAAGGAAGCAUUCGAGUACAACCCCAUACGCGCGGUCCAGCAAUUACGGGCAUGCGGUGUCCUCGAGACGAUACGGAUAUCCGCGGCAGGAUUCCCCAGUCAGAGGACGUACAGUGAAUUCUUCCUCCGAUACAGAUGCCUGUGCAGGUUCAAGGAAAUACGACGGGACGAUCUCAAAGAGACCUGUCGACGUAUAUUAGAAAGAUACAUCAAGGAUGAAGAUAAAUUUAAAUUCGGAAAAACGAAGGUCCUGUUUCGAGCUGGUCAGGUAGCUUAUUUAGAGAAGCUGCGAGGGGAGCGGCAACGUGACGCUUGUAUCAUGAUUCAAAAGACGGUGCGGGGUCUGAUUUAUAGUAACAGAUAUAAAAAGAUACGACGGGCCGUACUCGGUCUACAACGAUACGGUAGAGGGUACAUCGCGAGGCAGAAGGCUCAGGCUGUAAGGGAGACGAGAGCCGCGAUAAAGAUACAAGCCUGCGUCAGAGGAUGGCUGCAGAGGCGUCGGUACCUUCAGAUAAAACGCACAAUCCUUGGUAUUCAGACGUACGGCAGGGGUAAACUAGCGAGGGAGAGGUACAGGUUGAUGAAGGACAACGCCGCCGCGAUCGUGAUUCAACGAUUCGCCAGAGGAUACCUCGUGCGAAUGGCUUGCAAGAAAAAGUUAAGGGAUAUUAUUAUUGUUCAGUCGAGCGUGAGAAAGUACUUAGCAAAGAAGGAGUUCAAGAGAUUGAAGGCUGAGGCGAGGAGCGUGGAGCAUGUGAAAUCGCUGAAUAAGGGAUUAGAAAAGAAGAUUAUUACGUUACAGCAAAAAAUAACUGAACUUACGAAAGAGAAUCAAGUGCUAAAGAACUUCCAGAACGAGGUGGUAGACAUGAAACACAAACUCGAAGGGUUGAAGUCUGUAGAAGCAGAGAACAAGAAACUGAACUAUGUACUCUUAAAGAAAAAGGAGGAAUUGGAAAAGAUACAGGAGAUAAUCAAAAUUGAGAGAGAUGAAAAAAUGGACAUUUUGCUGGACAAGGAGAGGAACAGCCAAGAGAAGGAAGAACAAAAUAAAAAGCUUCAAGAGGAAAUCGAGAAGCUGCAAAAAGAACUGGCGAUGGCUAAUGAAAAACUGACGAACGAUCAACGCGGUGCCGAGGAGAUCUUGAAGCACCGUUUGGAACAGGAGAAGGAUCUCCUCCUGUUGGAUCAGGAUCAAGACCGCGGCGCCUAUCAGAAACUGCUGAAAGAUUUCCACGAACUGGAGCAGUACACGGAAACAUUGGAACAGAAACUCGCUAUGAACGGUCCCGCGCAUUCGCGAUCGUUGAGCAAUGCUUCCAGCGGUAGUGGACAAAUCGUAUCCGCGGAAUUAUCACAGGAAGAACAGAAUCUGGAUUUGGGUUAUGGAUCGGUGAGAUCGACAAAUUCGUCGUCGACUCCUUAUUCGCGGGUGGAGUCGAUUAAUUGGCAGCAAAGAUCCGACAGUCCGCCCGAUGGAGAGACGCAAUCGCAUAAAUCGCCCUCGGAAACGAACGGACCGACACACGCGCCAGUAGACAUCGGCCUGGUCUUAAAACUUCAACAAAAACUGAAGGACGUUGAAAAGGAGAAGGGCCGAUUGAUCAGGUUGGUAGAAGAUCUGGAACGAGACAGCAUCGACGAAACAUCAAGGACGCAAGAUUCAUUCAGGCUUCAAGAAUUGGAAAUGGAAAAUGCCCAGUUAAAGAGAGAUUUAGGUACACUGAGGCAAAGCGUGUCCUCGGUCGGUGCGCUGGGCGCGCAACAGAAUCUAAUGGGACAAUUCGACGCGCUUCAAGAAGAGCUCGAGAGAAGACGGGAGGAAUGUAUUCAACUGCACAGCGUAUUAGCCGACAAUACGCAGAGAAUGAAGAGCUUAGGCUCGAAUUAUGGUCGGGAUGUGGAUAUCAUUAACGAAGACGGAGAGCUGGUUCUUGCCUUCGAGACGCAGAAAAAAAUCAACAGUAGACUUAAGUCAAAGGCCUCAAGAGAGCAAUUAGAGGAUGAACUUCAGACGAAGGAGAUAGGAUGGCGAGCACGGAGGGACGAAUGGAUGGCGGAGAUCGAUAAGCUGCAGGAAGAAAUUGAGAAGCAACAGAGAUUGCUGUCUGUGAAUCUCAGCAAGUCGCCACAGACUCAGACCGAGGCUUAUAUGCAACACGAAAUAGCCAGGCUGACAUCCGAGAAUCUGGAACUGCAGGAGAAAUACGACAAGAUAGCAGAAGAAUGUAGGAGAUUCAAGAGGCAAUGCAAGAUCCUAGCUAAACGACUGAGAGAUGCUGGCUAUGAGGGAGACGAAACUAAGGAAACUAAGGAUCGGCCUUACGUUUCAAAUCGCACCGUACCAGAUGCUACAGACCCUGCAAACGAGUCUACGAUCAUGUCUUCCACCGGUCAUUCGGGUGAGAGCAACAGUAAUUUGCCAGCAAUCCGGAAGAAAGAAAGGGACUACGAAGGGAUGUUUGAGUUUAAGAAAGAAGAUGUCAACGUGAUGAUACGUCACCUCGUAAUCGAUUUAAAACCCAGAGUCGCGGUGACAUUGUUACCUGGCCUACCAGCUUACAUCUUGUUCAUGUGCAUACGGCACACCGAUUGUAUAAACGACGACGAGAAAGUGAGAUUGUUGUUAACCAACUACUUGAACGUCGUGAAACGUGUCGUAAAAAAACGCGAGGACUUCGACUCGAGUGUGCUUUGGCUCAGCAACACGCUGAGGCUGUUGCACUGCAUGAAACAGUAUUCCGGUGACAAACCGUUUCAAAUUAAAAACACCCCGAGACAGAACGAACAGUGUCUCAGGAACUUCGAUCUAAGCGAAUACCGGGUCGUGUUGAGCAACUUCGCGCUUUGGAUUUUUAACAAUAUCGUGACGAACGUUAAAGAGAGGAUCCAAGCGUUGACGGUACCGGCCCUCCUCGAACACGAGGCGAUAUCGGGCGUGAACUCGAAUAAACACGGCCGGCCGAGAUCCUCUUCUAUGGGAGAGGAACCGGAGUCUACGCAACAGAAACUUAAUAAACUCCUGAACGAGCUUACCUUCGUAUACAAGACUCUUCAAUACCACGGUGUCGAUUCCGAGAUCGUCGUGCAAAUUUUCAAGCAACUUUUCUACUUCAUGUGCGCCAGUGCCCUGAACAAUCUUCUUCUGAGAAAUGAGCUCUGCCAGUGGACGAAGGGCAUGCAGAUAAGGUACAACUUGAGCCACUUGGAACAGUGGGGAAAAGACCGAAGGUUAGAACACGCGUCCGAGGCGCUAGAGCCAAUUAUACAAGCGGCGUACCUUUUGCAAGCCCGUAAAACAGACGAGGAUGUAAAUUCCGUUUGCGAGAUGUGCAAUAAGUUAACUGCGAACCAAAUAGUGAAAAUUCUAAAUUUAUACACGCCCGCCGACGAUUUUGAAACGCGCGUGCCGGUAUCGUUCAUCAAGAAGGUACAGGCGAAACUGAGCGAACGCGGCGAGAACAACGAUCAACUGCUGAUGGAUCUAAUGUACUCGUACCCGGUAAGAUUCCCGUUCAAUCCAUCGGACAUCCGACUGGAAGAUAUUGAAGUACCGGAAGUACUCCACUUGGCGAUGCUCAAAAAAGUGUAAUCAUAGAAAGGGAGAGAAUUUAGUUAGCGGUCCCGCUCUGUGCAUAUAACAUUUAGUUGAGUAACGCGUAAUCAAAUUCGUAUAGCCUAUUUAUUAAAAUGAGGUAACGGAGGAGAAUAAAAUAUAAUUAGAUUCAUUCGGCAGAGUCAAGUAAUGCAUCGAUCGGGUCAUCGAUAUUACCGUUUUAUAUAUAUUUUUUUUACUCGCGUCAUUCCUAUUUUAUAAUAAUAUUAUUUCUAGUUUUGUCCGCAAAAAAUUGUAAGUUCUUCAAAUUCGUUCUGUCGGAGACACGCAGCGUUUCCUCGAUAAUGUUCGUAAAUACUUCCUCCCUCAAUACAUAUUGUUCACCGUCUUUGGAAUCGCUUCGACGGUGUUCUUAUUUAUUAACGAUGAUGAUCUGUAGAUUUAUUUGCAAACAUUCGCGAGGGAACGCUGUGCGUGCAUUUUUCGUUAUUUUGAAAUUGUAUGUAUAAACGUACAUGUACAUACCGGUUGAAUCAGCGGAUGGUGUUAAUAUAAGGCUCUGCUGGAGCUUGCAAUCGAUACAAUCUGGAAACUGGAAAGGUGUAUUACAUAGACGUAUGUACGGUAACGAAGAAGCAAUGCAUUAGAUAUUAAUAACGCGAGGUGUAUACGAUGAAACGAAGUGCCGAAUUCUGUAUCGCGUAAUACAGAAAUGUUGUUGUCAAGAUUAAAAAUGUUUAAGAAACGCGUUGUCUCUCGAUAUUGUUUAUCGAAUGUUAACGACGAGAUAUUGCAACUCCGAGCAAGAACUUUAUUCGGGCGAUGCUGGAAAAAUGUACUUAAAUAAAGAAUGAAAUCUGAAUGGAUAUUGUAACGUUACGUUGGGAUAGAUUGUAUAUUUUGUGAUACGAAGAGACAUCCCAUAGGCUGAAGAGAGUGGAAAACAGAUAUAUAUAUAUACAUUGUUGUUAUAAUUUAUAAAUAUGUACACAAGCGAUUGUAUUAUAUUUUGUGCCAUUUUAUUAAUAGAAUGUAACAAAAUUCUAUUACCUACGUCGAUCGAUCUGCAUUUACGUACGCUUCACGGAUAUACGUUCCAUAAAAAGCAUUAUUUCUUUUUGAAACCGAAUUCCCACGAUUCGUAAUGUACAGAAAGAACGUUUGUUUACACCCAUCACACCUUGACUCGAUGUGACAAAUUUAUUUGUUCCUACAAUGAAAAUAAUAAAAAGACCGUUAAUGAAAA